CCGCAAAGAACACAUCCACAAGCGCUGGACCAUAUGCCCCCGGGGAGGGACGACCUCUUCAGCAAUCAACUCCUCAGUAUACGCACGCAAUGGGAGCACAAUGGUUUUUGGACUUCGUUGUUCAGGGGGACCUUUUCGGGCCAAUUGUUUUCAUGCGAUCCACUUGCGUUCCGGACGCUGGGGGACCAGACAACGUUCUUCCUCUCGGUACCAUCGUCUCGUGCGCCAAGACUCCUGGAGGUUUGCUGAAGCUGCACACUAACGGCUUGUACGACGAGUAUAGACUGCCUCUCAAAGGUGUUAAGGGUGUGCUGGUGACCAUCAAGAGUUUCGCGGUGUACGGCUUGAUCAUGACGUUGUGCUCUCACUUCAAAGGGUUUUACGAUGGCGGCAGCAAGCGUCUUCCAUCGCCAGAGCAAUAUCUCGAUCUCGCGUUGAUGGUGUCGAAAAAAUGUCCGGUUCUUCCGCGAGAACAUGUUUUUUGUCUUCUGUCACCCCAUGAGGGAUCGUCCGGCUUGGCUCAAGAAACUCCAGGUGCGGCAGUGCGGCGCGGGAGUCCGAUUCAAAACGCUGGGGGUCGGGUCAAGGGGCGCAGCGUUCACACGCAUGUCGGCCCAGAUGCUCCUGGGAACACGUCGGACUUGCAUUCUCAGGGUACAGGGAGUCAACGGGACGGUACUCCGAAACUCAUCAAGGUCCGCUGCGGCGGCGACACGUAUUCGCUUCGAGAUGAGACGAGAAGAGAAUCCGGCAGAUCGGGGCAAGAUGUCGGAGGGAAUGAGGCUGAAGGGAUGGGCGCUGUCCGCGAAAGCUCUGGCGGGGAGCAGACUCCUUCGGAGAAGAAGCGCGAGCGACAGAGGAUGGUGCGAGCGGAGGUGGCGGAAGGAAGCCUCCGCAUGAAGAGGAUGAGAGGAAAAUCGGAGGCGGUGAUGGGCGGGGAUGGAGGUGACGUCGGAGAACGUGCCUCGGGAAAGAAGCCGCCGAAGGAAGAGGGUAGGACGGCAAGUAAGAAAGCGAGGAGGCCCGGCGGUUUGACCAUCCGCGAAGGACAAGCUGUGGGUGGAGGAGAUUCGAUUGAUCCAGGCGCUGCGGCCGCGAGAGAACCUUCGGGGAAAUCGAAACGGAAAGUGGCAGUUGAAGAAGGCGAUGGCCAGAAGAAACCUCGAAGGCGGAAGACUGCUGAGGCGGCGAGCGGGGGCGAACGGCCUGUCGGUAAGGAGUGUGACGAAGCGGCAACAUUCUGGCUCGAAUACGAGCGGAACGAUGGCGGUGAAAUCGUGGAGAGGGAGCUCCCCGUCCAACUGCUCAUAGACCCCAGGAAGCCGGUGACGCGUAGGCCUGAGAAAGUUGACAGGGUUCACAAAGAUGUCUUCAAGCAAGAGGACAAGGACAAGUACUACUAUAACCCUGUUAACGGUCAACACAUUGUGGCUACUGUGAAGGAGUUGGAGGGUCAGUCUCAACGAGAACACGAGACCAAGAUGUCUAAGCAGCGAUCGCAGAAGGCCGCGUUCUUGGACAUGCGGGAGGCAUGGGAGAAAGAAGGAAGACCGAUGGCCAUUCAAGGGAACCCUUCCAGCAAGGAGGCCGACAAACGAAAGUUUUUCGAAUUCCAAAAGCUGAUUUUGGGAAAGAGUCCGAACGAAUCUCACUGGGUGUUGGCAAAAAAAGAUUUGUCGCUCGCCGACAAGGAGUAUGUCGCUGCCGUUGGCAAUGCAUUGAGGCAGUGGAUGCCGCUCGUGACGGCCGGUGAUGACGUUUUCCGCAAAGCCAUGGAGUUCUACACGAAAUGGGCGGAGGGGAAGUUGUUGGGCGGCGACGGCAAGACGCCAUUUUUCUUGAAAGGCAUGGCCAGGCUUAGCGUCCAUCACGUCAGGACAGGGAAGUGGGUGCGCAAUGCACAAAAGCAGGCCACUGUCUGGGAAGGCAAUGUGCUGGUUGAGGAGUGUGACCGCCUGUACGUGAUUUUUCAUGGUGAAAAGUUGGAAGACAACACAUUCGCAGUCUACCCGACAAAGGCUUCCCGUGCUCAUGGUCCAAGUCCGGCCAAACACACGGUGGCGGCCUGCUCGAAAGUUUUGUGUUCGUCGGACCCAUCAGGACAGGCUGUGGCGUGUUUCGACGACGAAGAGGAAAGGUUCUCUCGUAGCAUGUGGGAGGACUGCGGCGUGACAAGUUCUCAAGGACCUGCUUACGGGGAGAUGGAGCGGAACCCGUCCCGUCUACUUGGUCUACUCGAAAACUUUUGCAAAGCUGGGCAAACUGUUUUUUUCUUUGGGAAGGCGCAUGCGUCUGUCGUGUGGGAACACCUCCGCACCGGUUGGAACAUCGUCGCGUUGGAGAAGGAGGCGAAGAUGAUCGAUUACCUUCACGAGUUCAUGAAGACUCGCGUUGCAGACACUCGCAAUGCUUGCGAGUUUGUCCACACCACCGGCGAACAAAAUUGGGAUCCCAAAUGUGACAUGUAUUGGAAAAUGCCGAGGAACAAAAGGACGGAGGUUUGGGACUUCCUUUUCCAACCCGGACAAACUGGUCCGACCGACCUCGAAUACAGUCGACAAGGAAACCUGGUGUUCGGUGUGCUCAAUGGGUACCAUGAUGCACCCAGGGAGUCUGUCUCGCAUUUCCUGAGAAGGUUGGAGCACGUUUACUUCACGCUGGCCGAACCGCUCACCCUCAAAAACUACAAGUCACAGUUUGACGAGAAGGACCCUUUCGACGCUGAAGACAUGGAGGAGUUGAGUGACUCCGAAACCUUCGAUUUCGAGUCCAUGCCACUUCCUCGGGUGGUUGGAAAGGUUGGUGAUGAAGAGGAAGGUGGCGCUCGGAGAUAUAGCACGUCCCUUGCCGGUUUGAAGCGUGUGUUUCGGGGCGAACCAGUCGACGACCAAUCGUCUGAUGACGGGGAGGAAGACAGAGACUAUGAUCACGAAGCUUGUGACAGGCUCCCUGAGGACCACGACACCUGGCAGAGUGACAGACUCUACUUCUUCGGCAAGCAUCACCGGAUAUUCCAACCUGCUGUGAGGAAUGGAAUGUGGGUCAUGGCAAUGAAGGAGGCCGAUGGCAAGUGGAGUGGACUGAAGAGACUGGGAGCGGGUGCAUUUAAGAGAACGACGAGAACUGCUUUGGUAGAGCAUUUGAGUUUUAUGAACCCCGAGAGGAACGAUCCGGACGUCGCUGCGUACGCAGAACAAAAGCUAAAUGAGUUGUACGCCAACAACAUGUUGGAGUUUCGAGCGCUUUUCUACACACUCAAAACGGCACCGUCUUGUGGCAUUGACUGGCGCAUGCCGCAACCUCCGUCGGGCGGUCAGCAUCCGGGAGGGGGUGGAGGAGGAGACGAAGGAGACGGCGGAGGUGGCGGAGGAGACGGCUCACAGUUUGUCGGAAAGGGGACGGGCGAGACAUCGUCGGUAGAGAAGGCGUCCGGCGGAAAGGGGUCAGGCGAAAAGGACUCAGGCGGAAAGGGGUCGGGCGGGAAGGGGUCGGGCGGAAAGCGUAGAACGUCCGGGAGUCCCGAGUAUAUGGAAACUGACCCUCACUGCGUAGGGAGUCGAGAUUCCGACAUGCGAGACGAGGCCACCCUCACUUCUGAUCAAGUGCGAGUAGAUUCGCACUUGUCUGCGAGGACUUUGUUUCCCGUUGCCGAGGAGAGUCCAUCCCGCCGUGCGCAGCAGAGGUCUCCUGUAUUCAACACCUUGCUCCUGAAAGAGGGCGCGUCUUCGUUUUGCCUGGAGGGUGAGAUGCCUGCAUUGCGAAGGAGCGAAGGUGCGACCUUCGGCUCCCUCGGCUCGGGCGACCGCCACAAACUCCGAAUACAUUCGGAUUUGCUGACGUCGCCCUCCGCCAUAAGUGCUCCUCACGCAACAGUUCCGCGGGGCCAAGAAAAUGUCACGUCCUUCCCCCCGCAUCUUCAGUUGGACACAGGGUUGCCCUACUCGCCUCUGUUCUCAUGUGUUGAGACUCGACACUGGCGGUCUCGCGAUGUGCUGGAGGGGCCCGCUGCAGGAGUGUUGGAGACUGGGGGUAGCGAGCACGAACGUCACACUCUUGGGGAAGAGGAGCGCUCUUCGGGAACGCGUGCUGUACAUCGGGAAGAGGAGACUCAACGCUGGCAGUCUCGCAAAGUGUUGGAGACCGGGGGUAGCGAGUGUGAACGUCAUGCUUCGAAGGGUGCGUCCCGGGAUGAGGAGACUCGACACGGGCCGGCUCGUGAAGACGUGAAGUGGCUCCACGCACGAGCGCUGGUGAUCGAGACGUCCGAAGAGGUUCUGCACAGUCGUUCGAUAGUGGCCACGACGCGAGAGGGUGUUGUGACGGAAGGCAGAGAACCCGUGGUGGAAGGCGGUGAGGUGACUGUCGACAUCCGGACGGAUCCACAGCGGAAAGAUGGUGAUUGUUUGCUCACUCGUUACGGUGAAGAACAGGGUGGUCGACCGUCUGCCCUAAGCACCACUCGGGGAAUGGUGCUUCAUGAAGCCAGAGAGUUGGGUGACGACUCGGCAGCCACCGAGCUGGUUAGCGACUCAAACAUGGCCGAGAUGCAAAACAUCGAAUCCUCCGUGGAAGGCGGUGAGGUGGCCGUCAACAUCAAGAUGGAUCCACUGCGGAAAGAUCAGGAUUCUCCGUCCACCCGUUGCGGUGCCGAACAGGGUGAUCGAGCAUCUGUCCUCAGUACCGGUCGGGAAAUGGUGCUUCAUGAAGCCAUCGACUUCCCAAGCGACUCAGCUGCCACUGAGCUGGUUAGCGACACAGCCGUGGCCGAGGUCCAGAACCUCGAAUCGUUCGUGGACGUUGGCGCAGUGGCGCGACAGGAGGGCGAGUUCCCUCAAAGGGCUCCCGAGCACGGUGUGAGGUUAUUAAUGUCCCUGCCCAUGAAGCCUUUAAAAGCCGUGCGCGAGAAACGUCUUUCAGGGAGGUCAUUGGCCGCUUCACGGAAGAAGUCGUCAAGUGUAGGGUUGUUUAAAAGGUUGCAGAUGCCUCGCCUUUCCCAGAGAGCUGGCAGGGCUCUGAAGGCUUGUGGAAUAGAUAAGGAGGAAGGUCUGCGGAAACAUUUGGCUGCGUCUAUUGAGAGCGUUACUGCUUUGUCUGAUGGGUCUUAUGACGAUGGCAAACGGGGUGUCUUGAAAGACCCGUGUCCUAAAUACAUCGUGAAUGACACAUUCAACAGUCGGGGAUACAACUUUUCUGGGAAAAUGGCAGACAGUUCUAAGCCAUUCCGCCCCGGGGUUUAUGCUCACUCCUCACACUUGUUCGUGGGUGUUUGUGCAGCUGGGGCUACAUCAUGUAUUCGCGUUCCCUUGCCUACUGAGGAGUUUAGCGCUACGGACUUCAGAAUGCUGCAGAUUGUUCGCGGAGAUUUCAGCAACAACCACGAGGUGGUUUCCUCGGUUCGCAUAGGUCCCAGUUCGAUUCCGCUGAUAAGAAAAAGUCUUCAAACUCUUAUCUAGGGGGGAUGGCUUUCCGACGAGGUGGUGGAGUCAUACUUGGCCUUGCUUGCCAACGCUGCG